ACCCCUUCCACAGCAGACCUACGCGUUCUACCAUCGCCCAUUGGACAUCCGUCUCGGCACGGCACCAGGACCCUUGUCGCAGCUCAGGUUCUUCAGCGUGCAUGCUGCUUUGCUCCCAUUGAAGACGAGCCGCAUCACACGGACUCCGUUCUCUCUCAAGGCUUAGAAACGGCUGCAAGGGAAAGCUGUUUGGCUUUUAUUAGGCGAGUCCUUGAUUUAGAACAGGCGAGCCUACGGUGCCUGCCAUCGGUUCAAUUCUGCCAUGGACGAUUUCUGAUCUUCUAGCCAAGUUUGGAUCUUUCCUCCCUUGUGGUGCACUCUUGCUGAACACUGUGACCACUCUUCACGACGCGUUUUUUUUUCUCGCAGAUAUGCUAGUCUUAGCUCAGGGGACCCCCGUCUGCGCCUGUAGAUUUAAAUCUGUCUUUUUGUGAUUAGGUCGAAUUCGAGCGCCGUUAAACGCUCCGCUCUAGCCACUUUCCGUGACAAAAGUACUCGUGUUGCUGACGGCAUGCGGCCACCGGAACGGUUGCGAGCAGCAGCUGCGGUUCGAAUUGACACUGAGACAGACGACAACCGCCGCUUCGCUCUGCUAGUUGACAUGCCGCGUCGUUCCCUCAGGGACUCACACGCGCGUAUAGGUUGCCAAACCCUAAGCUUUCUUCUAUUCUCGUAGCGUUGGCAUACUCGCCUCCUAGAUCCACCCGAACUAUCGCGCUCUUAGACUCCUCUUCUUCUCCGCGCGACUGCUUUGUUCCCGCUUCCGAUUCAAAGAUUCGAAGCUUAAGCUCCUCACUUGCUCCCCCUCCUCCUCUCUCCUCUCUCCUCUCCCCUCUCUACUAUUUCCUCCUCGCUCCUCGCUCCCCCAUGACCCAUGGAUCCCCUCGCCAACAUCUUCAUGGGCCGCCAUGGCCACUGCUGUCACCCCGCUGCUCCCUUCUGCACCACAACGUCGCCAGAUCCCUUCUCAGGUCGAAGCAGCAGCAGCAGCAGCAACGAUCUCUGUCCGGGCAGCAGCGGGCUCGGCCCUUCCGAUAGGGGCAGCUGCGGCGCCGCAAAUGGCGCGGCAGGGAUGGCGCUUCCGCCGUACCCUACCGGCUGUCGCGCCACUGGCGCGGGAUUCACAUUCGGCGGCUUCGGAGGCAUUUUAGCCGCAUUUCUGAGCUCUACUAGUGAGGCGAUUGGUAGAGCCAGUAGCGGAGGCGGCAAUAGCGGGGAUGGAGCUGGAAGCGGGGGUAGAUUAGGCGGCAAUUGGGAUUCUGGAUGGGAUCCCGCUGAAGCAGGAAGUAGCGGCGGUUUUGGAACGCUUAGCAGCAGCGGCGGCGGCGGCGGCGGCGGCGGCGGCGGCGGCGGCGGCGGCGGCGGCGGCGGUGGCGGCGGCGCUGGGGUAAGCAGCUGCAGCACGCUGUUUGUGUUUUCCGAUGUGCUCCCCCCAGGCUGGCCGUUCUCGCUCCUCACUGGCUGGUCUAUCGCCUUCCUCCUCCUCACGCUGCUCGUCGCAUUCGUCGUCCAUCGCACCGUGCGACACUGGCAGCUGCAGCUGUUCGUCGCACGGCUGAAAGCCGCGGGCUUCCUCCGCCACGCGCUCAUGCGACGAGGCGACGUGCCCCUCGCCGACCACUCGUGGUUCGUAGAACCGUCCAAGAACCUUCCUGGCCCGAUUACCUGCUGUGUGUGUAUGGAAGAGAUAGAUAAGACCAAGGAGAGAGCGGAUGGGGGGGGAGGGGCAGGGGCAGGGGGGGGGCAGGGGGAGGGGGAGGGAGUGGCGGGGAGGAAGCAGCGGGUAAAGGAGGAGGCGCAGGCGGGCGCUGCUGAAAGCCAUGGAGGGGGAAACGGGCCAAGUGAGGAGGAAGGAGGGGGGGGAGGGGGAGGAGGGGGAGCGGGAGGAGGAGGGGGAGGAGGUGGGGGAGGGGGAGUGGAUCGGUGUUGUGUGUGCGGGGUGACGGCGCACGAGGAGUGUGUGGGCGCGGCGAGCAGGGACUGCAAGCGCGUGGCAGUGGCGGGGCGGUAUGUGCCGCACCAGUGGGUGGAGGCGAGCCAGAUCAAGAUCGAGGAGGACCGCAACGACGAGGACCUGGUGUGCAUGCUGUGCGACGAGGAGGUGAAGUCCGUGUUCAGCACAGGCAAGCCCGUGUGGCGCUGUGUGUGGUGCCAGCGCCUGGUGCACGUCUUCUGCCGCCCCGCGGUAAUGAAGGCGGGCGAGGAGCCCUGCGACUUUGGCGCGCUCCGCCGCUCCAUCGUCUCGCCGCUCUGCGUGCGCGAGAGAGUCUUCGGCAGCAGCACCGGCAGCGACACCGGCGGUGCUGCUGGUGCUGCUGGUGCUGGGUUUGGGUCGGCUGCGGCUGCCGCUGCGGCAGCGUUGUCGUCUACGACUGGGUAUGGUCCGGCUGCUGCUGCUUCGGGGAUGCGGGAUCUGAUCUCGUCGUGGCGGCAGAAUGCGGGGGAGCUGGCGAGCAACGUGAACCGUUCGAUUAGGAAGCGGGCCAAGAGGCGCGCUAAGAAGGUGGCCAGUUCUGGUGACUUGCUGAAUGGUAAUGUGAACGGGAGCGGGAACGGGUACGGGAAUGGGAAUGGGAAUGGGAAUGGAGGGGUGAUGGGCCAGGGAGGGGCAGCAGGAGGGACAGAAUUGCCAGAAGGGGAGAACAUUCUGCUGACGAACGGGGUUUUAGGCGGGCUCGAUGGGGUUCUGCCUUCCUCCCCUAGUGGGUCGUCGGUGGGGGGUGGGGGAGAGUGGGUGCGGGUGAAUGGGCGCGUGCACCCCACGGAUGGCAGCAGUACCAGCAGCUCUAGUGCGGGUAGUAAUGGCAAUGGUGGUGCUGGUAGUCGUCAUGGUCGUGCUGCUGCCUCUGCUGGUGGUGUUAAUGGUGGUGCUGCUGGUGGUGGCCGGAGUUCGAGUGGCCUUGGUGGGGGUGUGGAGAAGGGAGGGGGAGGGGGCGAUGCAGGCGUGUCGUCUCAAGGGGAGGGCAGUGACGGGUCGUGUGAGAGGGAGGAGAGGAUGGCUGGAGGAACAGGAUCAACGCCCGCUGAUGCGUGUAAAGAUAGGAAGGGAGCCAAAAGGGCCUCACAACAACAGCAGCAGCAGCAGCAGCAGCAGCAGCAGCAGAAUCAGCAGCAGAAUCAGCAGCAGUUGGUGCAGCAGCAGCAGGGAGGUGGGCAGCAGCAGCAGUAUGAGAUAGUGAACCUGCCUGCGGAUGCGCGGCCGCUGCUGGUGUUUGUGAACAAGCGCAGCGGGGCGCAGCAUGGGUCCGCGCUCAGACGACGAUUCAACAUGCUGCUGAACCCCAUCCAGGUGGUUGAGCUAUCGAAAGACCAAGGCCCCGAGUUCGGGCUCUCUCUCUUCGACCACGUGCCCAACUUCCGGGUGCUAGUGUGCGGGGGCGACGGCACAGUGGGGUGGGUGCUGGGCGCGAUAGAGAGGCGUGGGUAUGACAUCCCUCCGCCUGUGGCCGUGCUGCCCAUCGGCACGGGCAACGACCUCGCCCGGGUGCUGGGAUGGGGAGGCGGAUUCGGAGCCGUGGAGCGACAGGGCGGGCUGCUAUCAGUGCUGCUGAACAUAGAGAACGCGCCCAUUUCCAUUCUGGACCGGUGGGCCAUCACCUUCCACCCCUCCUCCGCCCCUGCCACUUCCGCCUCCUCCCAAGCGUACCUGUCUGCUUCUGCUGCUGCGGUCUCUGCUUCUGCUGCUGCGUCUGGAGGGGGGCAGGCAGGAGGCAAGGGAAAGGAGAGGGAGAAGGGAAAGGAGGAGGUUCCACAGCCCAAGUUUAUGAACAACUACCUGGGUGUGGGCUGUGACGCCAAGGUGGCUCUGGAGAUCCAUCUGCUUAGGGAGGAGAACCCAGAGAUGUUCUACAACCAGUUCCUGAACAAGGUGCUGUAUGCCACGGAGGGCGCGCGGGACUUUGUGGACCGCAGCUGCAGUAACCUGCCAUGGCACGUGCACGUGGAGAUAGAUGGCCGCGAGGUGGCCAUUCCAGAGGAGCUGGAGGGCGUGCUGGUGCUGAACAUCGGCAGCUACAUGGGCGGCGUGGACCUGUGGCAGAACGAGGAGGAUUUGGACGAUGGCUUGGCGCCGCAGCUCAUGCACGACCGCCAGGUCGAGGUCGUGGGCAUCUGCGGCGCGUGGCACCUGGGCAAGCUGCAGGUGGGCCUGUCACGCGCCAUUCGCCUGGGGCAGGGUCGGUCGGUGCGCAUCCACACGUCCGUGACCUUCCCCGUGCAGAUCGACGGCGAGCCGUGGCUACAGGCCCCCGCCACCAUCAACAUCGCGCACCACUCCCAGGCGUUCAUGCUACGGCGGAUGGAGGGCGAGCCUGUGGGGCAUGCGGCGGCGGUGCUGAGUGAGGCAGUGGACGCUCUCACGGCCAGGGGCGUUAUCACAGCAGCGCAGAAGCGAGCGCUGUUGCAGGAGGUGGCGGUGCGCCUGCAGUAGUGUCCCGAGGCUUCCACUCUUCGUGCAAAUGUUCUAGUGUUCGGAUCUCACAGCCAGGGCCAUUAUCAGUCAUCACAGCGGCGCAGGAGAGAGCAUUAUUGCAGCAGGUGGCCUUGCGCCUGCAGUAGUGCCAGCCGUGAGACCCUUGAGUAUCACUGCACGUGGUUGGUAGCACUUGGAGGGGCUUUGAUCAGUCCACGUUGCGGCUCUCACUGCCAGAGGCGUCAUCACAGCGGCGCAGAAGUGAGCACUAUUGCAGGAGGUGGCUGUGCGGCUACAGUAGUGCGUGCAGUAGUGUGCCACCGGAUAGAUACGUGUGGUAGAGUUCCGAGGGCUUCGGUCAAAUUCCCUGUCGGCUCUUACUGCCUGAGGGGGGAUGGGAUGGGUCAUCACAGCAGCGCUGAAGCCAGUGCUGUUGCAGGAGGUGGCUGUGCGCCUACAGUAGCAGUAGCAGAUGGGGAGCCCCCUUUUUGAGGUGCAUCAAAAGGCAGCGGAGAAAGGAGAAGCAAGCUCUAGUGCAGGAGGUGGGUGUGUGCCUGCUGCAGUAGCAGUAGCAGUGGCAGAUGGGUAAUGGAUUGGUCUGGAGCCUACCACCAACCUGCUGUUGUCUGGGGAUUGGCAAACGAGUGGCAAUGCAUGUGGCAAUUCGAGCAAGAUUGGAUCUCGCGAGCAUGUAAAUUACAGUAUUAGGGUCACUUUGGGUAAGGGGGUUAGGUGGGGUGAGAUGUGGGGUGAACUGGCCUGUCAAAGGCUGCUGCUGGUGUGGUGACUGCUACUGCUACGGCAGAGUACAUAGGUUGCAGCCCCAGUAGUAGCGCAGAGGGGAGCACGAAGCAGAGUUUUGGAAAUCACUUGCCGUACUCAGCAUAUGUAGGGAUGGCAAGACAAGUACCCGGUCAGGGCUGACGUUUCAAAAAGAACCACCCUGAGCUGUCGAAUGGGGAAAUUUUUUUACCCUG